AUGCGACCGAAACGAACAAAACAAUAUAAACGCCUUAUGGCGUUAUAUUCAAUGUCGUUUGGUUUUAGAGAACCUUAUCAAAUUUUAGUGGACGGGAAUUUUAUGCAAACUGCCAUUCGAUACAAAAUGGACAUAUGCAAACAACUUUGCAUGGUAUUGCUUGGGAAUACGAAGCAAAUGUAUACUUCCUGCAUUCUGGCUGAAGUGAAAAAGCAAGGCAAAGAAGGUCUAGAGACAGAAUUGGCUUUAAACCAAUUUGAAAGACGACGAUGUCCACACAGAAAACCGGUUUCUAGUGCUGAAUGUUUGGCUUCAAUCAUAGGAAAUGAUAACCCUCACAAUUAUUGUGUGGCAACGCAGAAUGAAACGCUUCGCCAACAAUUUCGCGUUAUUGCUGGCGUUCCACUGUUGUAUAUUAAUAGAACCGUAUUAAUUGUUGAACCACCGUCAGGUGCUACAUUAGAAAAGGUUAAACAAACUGAAAUUGCAAAAACCCAUGCAUCAGCUGAGGAGCUAAACUUUCUGAGAAACGCAAAUUCUGAUACACAAAAAAAGAAUAUUGAACCUCAUAAACCAAGAAAAAUUCGUAAAGGACCCAAACAACCUAAUCCUUUGAGCUGUAAGAAAAAGAAAAAACCUUUGCCAUCACUUCUAAAAACACAAAUUAACAAAAAGGAAUUAUCUAGCGAUGAUUUCGUAGAGUAUAAGGUACAAUGUAUAAAUCAAAGUGAUCAAUCUCUAUUGUAUAUUUAA